AUCACCUUGUAUAUUAUAUACUUUGGAUCAUUUCAUGCAUUUUACAAAUAUUUUUUUAAAUUUUUACAGAUUUCCUAAAAAUGUAAAUCUCAGGGAAAAAUGGGUUGCUCAAAUAAAAAAAGAUGUUCCUAUUAUCAUAACACAGUAUACUAGGCUCUGUAGCAAACAUUUUACAAAUGAUGAUUACUAUCAAUAAUCAUUUGGAAAUGAUAUAUUGAAGCCAGAUGCUGUACCAUCUAGGUUCUUCUGUUCAAGAAAAUCAUUACUCUCAGAAUUUGAAGUUCACAUACCAAUGUCCACAGAAAGUUUAUCAGAUAAACCUAUUCUUACAGUAAAUGACAAUCUUGAAAAUCUUAUGUUAGAAGAAGAAAUAGUAGUAACUGAAGAUGAAAACAAUUCUGCAAAAAAUUUAUCAGAUAAACCUAUUGCUACAGUAUUUGACAAUCUUGAAAAUCUUAUGUUAGAAGAAGAAAUAGUAGUAGAUGAAGAUGAAAACAAUUCUACAGAUUCAAUGAAUAAUGAUACAUAUUAUGAUACUGAAGUGACUACUCUGCAAGCAAAUGAAAAUAUUAAUAUUACAAAAGUCCAUCUUUCAGAAAAGAAACGUAAACUGUUGAGAUAUGCUGGAGACUUUUCUGAGGAAGACCUAGAGACACCUAGAAAACGAAAAAUGUUUUGGAAAACUUAUCAACAAAUGAUUAAAACCAAAAAUGAAAAAAUAAAAUUGUUACAGCAAAAAAACCGUAGUCUUAAAUCACAAAUAAAUAACCUUAAUAGUUUAAUUGAUGAUUUACAGUCGCAAAGCAAGUUAAAUGCUAAUGGUUCAUAUAUGUUGAAGGUAAAUACAGUUUAAGUUACUUUUAAGAGAUGCCACCCAUGCGUUUGUUGUCUCCAUAGACCUAUAAACUAAUGGACUAGAGGUCAGGGGUACAAUAUAGAAUAAAAGAGAAAAGAGAACAUGGGGGAAACACAGUGUUAGUUUAUAGGUCUAUCAUUACCUCUUUAUGUUCUUUCUCCUUUUUUUCUUUUAUAUGAUUCCCGUGCAUUGUGGGCAGGGCGAAGUGGAAUGCACUGUCCAUUAGUUUAAAGGUCUAUGGUCUAUGGUCUUAUACACGUCUGUGCUUAAGCGUUGAAUUUUUGGCUUUUGUUAGAUAUUUUCAAGUAAGAUGAGCAUUUUUAAUUUGUGAUAUUUCACAAAACCAUAUCUUGCUUGAAAAUGUAAAUAUUGAAUAAAAGCUAACACUUAAGCACAGACAAUAUUCUAAGCAAUAAGUUUUAUAGUAAGUUAAUUCACUUGAAUACAAAACUAACAGCACAUUAUUAAAAUUGGUGAACAAAAUUUUUCUAUGUUGUAUACGUGUAAGACUGAGACAUCAAAAGUUUAUGUUUUAUUUGUUUUAAUAGUUUAAGAAUAAAUGAAUAAUGUACAGUCUUGUAUAAGAUACUUUUUAAAAAUAUUCAAGUACAGAUACAGAUACUUCUUUUGAAUAGUAUAUAAAAUAUGUAUUUGAAUACUCAGGAA